GAGUACAGAGUGAGGGACUGAGCGGUGAGCCUGAGGGGAGUCAGUACGCGGGCCGCGGCACAGGGGGAGACACCCAGCUCCUCUGGUCUUCCCACAUACUACCUUCCCCUACCUCUCUCCUGACACUUCCCUCGGUCCAUCAUCGUCAGUGUAGGUUCGUAGGCCCUGCUGCUACUGUUCAGUGGCCAACACACUGUUCUCCCAGUAGAGAGUGACGUUAGGACAGGAGCAGUAAGGCCAAGAUGAUAGUGAGAGUGUGAGCAGCGUGGAUUGUUGUAGUGCAGUGUUUGUUAUUGUUGGCCGCCUGCCUGCCUGCCCCGCCACACCUGGGGGAUCCCUGCCCCUCACCCACUUGACCACUGCCUCUACAGCUUGAGUGACAUCAGCAAUGCCCGCGCCAUCUAGCCUCCGCGGGCAAGUGUUGUCGGCGGCAGAGGUAUCUCCCCCGGAGGAGUAUUUCCGUGGGGUAUCACCGCUAUGUCGUCGCAUGCUGGACGACAUGACAGCCGUGCGGGAAGCCUACGGCGAUCGCUGGUAUGGCCUCUCCUACCAGCAACAGUGCCGCGUCAUCGACCAGGCCAUAGUAGAUGAGGCAACAGUGCGACGGUACGAGGUGGGAGGCGGUGAAGGCCCUGACUGUGAGUACUUCCCCAAGCUGAAGCUGCCCACGGGUCAGAAGGUGGUGUGCGACGAGAACCUCACCGCCAGGGGCUUUUCUUGCAGCUGGCGGGACGAGCACUCUGCACCCUUCUCCUGGCACACUCGCUCUCAGAUGGACCUCACCUUGGAUACACCCCCCGCUACGCCUUCACAUCCAAGCACCCCAGUUGAGCCCCCACCUACCAGCAUAGCAGGUGAAGGUCGGGUCAUACCAGGUGGAAGAGCUGUGUACACAGCAAGGCCACUCUCUUUACCACGACCACCACGUUUUCGAUGGCACUAUGAUCCCCCAGAUGACCCUCCAGACCCUCCGUCUGUAGUUGUCUCAGCCCCACGGUCUGCCACACUGCCAACAGAUCUUAACUGUGGGCCUAAACGAUCACCAACUUCAUUGAAGUACAUGUUGGUUCGCGGCAAGGGUGAGGAUGGUGAGGGCACUGGUUUAUUGGCACGUAUUCGAGGCGCUGUGGUAGCUCUCACUGCUACUUGCUUACCACUGCGUGCUCCCCAGGGCCAGACAUCACAUCUUUCACUUCAUCGUGCACCUGACAGUGGAGGCGAACCUGAUCUGCGACCUCCCCAUGUUCAGGCUCAGAAGGCACAAGUCAUGCAGAAUCAAGCAGAUGACCCAGCUUAUGACACAACCCAACAAAUCACUGGAGGCAGCCAUAUCCCAGAUGAAUGCAAAAUUGAAGAAGGUGGCAGCCAUGCGCUCCCUUCACUUUCAGCACUCUCUACUGACCCUACUCUUGCGGGCUAUGUCUGUUCACUCCCUGAUGACGAUGAUGAUGCCCCCUACACAGCCGCUUACCCUCCUGAGGCAACACGUGAGCCAGCUGCAGCACACAACACGACACCUAACACACUUACACCUGUGGAGAACCAGCCAAAGGUAGGCACAACACCCUAUAUCCCUCCACCUGUCGACCUGCCCACCCCCCUGCCCACACCAACUAUCAGUGAUACGACCAAGACUGUCAGCACCACUUUCUUGCACCCUGCCGCUCCGUCUCCCCGCCUACCGCCCUCACAACCCCCCAACAUUCAUGAUGACGCCCUCAGCGCCUUCUCAGAGCCUGACUCCACAACAGAUGCUCUGGACACUCCAAGGGAGGAACAACCUCUGCUCCGAAGGGAAAAACGUCUGGAGUCUGAGGAAGAGUCCAACCUGUUGUAUACCUCAGUGUUAUCAUCUAAGAGAGAGAGCAACAUUCCAAAGACAGGUUUUGAUUUCCUUGACAACUGGUAAAUUUAUCAACUCACAUGGGACCUGCUCAUGUGACUCAACUGGCCCAUGUGACAGCCUGAUCCCCUAACACAGCUGGACAUUAUGACAAAGCUUCAUCACCUGACAGCUAUCCUUGUGACACAGCCUGAUCACAUGGCACAGCUGGAUCAUGCGACACAACAGGACCACCUGACAUAAGCAACAGUGGUGGCAGGUUGGUCAGCCAUUUACUAUAGGUGGUGUCAUUUACUUACGAGUAGUCUAAAUAGUAAACACAAUGAACCUGAAAGAAAGUAUUCAGGGGGUUAAACCUGCUUUUCUUUAAUAACUACUGUCCAGAUUUACAAGUGUUAUUUGAUGUACAGUACUUUAAAAUACUGUGAGACAAUGUGUAUGCAACAAAGUAAAAAACAUAAAAAAUAUGUAUUUACAGUAUGCAAAUGAUAUAACUUGGUGCUUCUCAACAGACAGUAACUGGGGAAAAUGUAGACAGUGCAUAUUACCAGGUGUAGUUGUAGCACCCACAUUAUAAAAUGGAAGGGAAAUGUAGUGAGGAAACAACAGAAUAAAGGCAAUUAAUUGAGGAAUAGCUUGAAUUGCAACAUCUUAUUGGCAACAUCACAGAGGCCAUUUGUGUUGGUGGUGACAUAACUUCAGUGUGAUGAUUGAAACCCUUGAAUAGAAUUAAUCUAUUUUCUUUUUAUCAUCUUCAAUACUUGUCAGCUUACUAGCAGGCCAGCCAGUUCUGUUACGUACUGUUGGCAAGUACUGUACUACUAGGCAUCAGUAUUAUUUGGUUAUUUUCUUUAGUAUUUCAUGUGAUACUAAACAAAGUUGCCAACACACUACCACCACCUCAAGAAUGUUAUAGACAAAGACUGGUAGUCACCACAUAGUGAUAUUCCAUGGAAUUAAUUCACUAAGGUUUAUAUAGUACAGUACAAUGAUUAUUCCUCAUAACUGAAGAUGUAAGAAUCUACCCAUUAUGAUGACAGGGUAAAGCAUGCAUCUAAAAAUAAAACCAAAUUCUAUUGAGGGACUACCUGGUUGCAUUUACAAUACAGUACUUAACACCAGUUAGAGGAAAACCUUAAUGUGUAAAAUCUUUUUCAAUACAGUACAGUAUAUGCAUUAAAUUUUGCCUAAUAGUUAAGUGAACGCACCUACUGAGAGAGUCAUAUUUUAAUAUUAAUGAUGUUUUUGGAAGUUAUUUUUGCACUUUAUCUUAAGUCGACCAGUUACUGUAGGUGCAUUUUUAGAUCUUUACUUAUAAGGAAUAUUCAUCGUACAAACCUUUGUGAAUCAGGACCCUGACUGAUGGAUGAGGAAUCAUAACCAUGACAGGCUUUCAGUUUCUUCUUGGCUGUGGCAUCACAUUAUAGCUCAACACUGGUACAGUAAUGGUCAAAUAACAUGAUUAAGUUGUUAGUUAUGUUUCUUGUGCCUGGACAUAUAGCAGGACUCACAGAUUCUCAAUUAUUUACAAAUUAACUUUUCCUUUUAAUUGGAAAUGAAAACACAUCUAGUUAUUAUGGAGUCUUUGUGCAAUUUUGAAUCUGUUGGCUACCAACUGUAUUUCAUAGCUUAAGUGAGCUAGGUUUUAUGUGCUUAUGUACUGUACCUACAAUUUUAGUGUACAGUCCAGUAUGAAACUUUGACAAUAUGGGACAGGUAUUGAGCUACCUGGAUUAGUGAAGAGGAGUUGUCUAGGCGUGCUUACAGCAAGGCUGUUAUAUACCUCUUAUUAACUCAUAAAUUAAUGUAUUAGAAAUGGAGAAGUACUGUAGGCCUACUCUAUGCACAGCAGAAAUUAUCACUGUACAGUCUUAUUCAAGAUUCUUCGAACACUGCUGGAGAUAGCUGGCAAUUCAUUUAUUCAUAAUUUUUACUACGUACUAUAGUAAACAAAAAGCCUUGAGUUGCCAGUUGUCUCCAGCAGUGUUCGAAGAAUCUUGAACGAGACUGUACAUAGGUAUACAAUAUAAACACCUGAACAGUAUUAAGAAUAUCUACAUCUAAUACAGUAUUUCCUAUUCAGAAUAAACACAAUAUACGUAUACUUAGUUACAAUGAAAUUGGGUGGAUGACAAUAACUGUAAUGUUCUGUGAAUGUGAAACUUAAUCAGUAUUCAAGUUCUUGUGUUCCUGAAAUAUAGACAAUAGAUGAUAUAAGUAAGCCAGAGCAUGAGCAGUAACUCUUGUUAUUUUGCUCUUCUCUGGUAAUGCGGCUGUACUUAAUGCAUUAGAAUCCCAGGCCUACAUUCAUAUCAUGAUCAGGUAAAUAUUUUGGUUCCACAAUUUCUACGGGAUAAAAAAAAAUCAGAGGUGACACAAACAUUGGCACUGCAGUCUCUUCACAGUAACCAGCAGAUUAAAGGUGAAAAUAAAAAAUAAUUGUAUCGCAAUUCCAUCUUGAAGUUUCCUAAGACUUAAUACGUUAUCAGUACUGUACGUAAUUUUGGAGGUUGUCCAAACAAGGAGUGACAGGUGUGGUUCUUCAGGCUCCUCUUGUUCAGGCUAUACCCAGCACAUCACGUCCAAAUUUAGCAUAGACAGAUUGAUUUGAUUUGCAAUGAUCUUGCCACUAUCUAAACUGUUGCAUAAAUAUCCCUAGCUACAUUAAGUGACUCAUGAACGUAACACAUCAUUUGGUUUUCCCCAACACAAAUGUACGUUAAUGUACUGUACUACAAACAAUCUAACUUCAAUGUAAAGUAUAUCUCUCUUUAUCGUUUACUGUGUGUGGGAUAUUUAGUGCAGUUUGUCAGUUUUACUAAGUAACAAGGAAGAUAAUGUAAAAGCUCAACUAUAUCCUUGUAAAACUGAGCAAUACAAGGUUUGUAUAAUAUAAUGCCUUGUUGAAGUGUCAUCGUCACACUGCUGCGACCAGCACUUGCUCUCUCUUUUUUACAUCUUCAGUAUUCUGUUAGAUUUUUCACUGGCAUUAAAGUCUUUUACUGGGA